CCCCCAGCAACAACAAGGCCCAAGUACCCUGCCCACCUCAUGUUGCAGUCCGAGUACUUUAGUUACAUCAUCAGCUCGCUGCCCGCCCAAUCCUCCAUCAACCAGCUGCACCGCACUCUCCCGUCGUCGCUUUCGACUCUCGCUCGACCUUGGACUGUGUUUCUUACACACAUUCAUCCCCUUCAUCCACGCUUCACACCCACUAGUCCUCGACCCGGAUAUUUCUCUCCUGCCACCGGCUGCACUCGCGCGCACCCUCUCGCUCCUCUGGCGCGCAUAUUGACCGAGUCCUCAUCCUGCGCCUACCAGCCUCGACUUGCAUCCGCACGUAUCCAUCCGGCUUUGACUCACGGCUUGGCUUCAGCCUACUUCUGCCUCGCAUCUCUCUCUUUCACUCUCGUAUGACGAUGCUGUGGCGGCGGCCCGCACCCAAAGUACCUUGAGUUAUUAGUAGCCGUUAAACCCUCAACUCAACCUUGCCCGCGCUCGCAGUCUUACGCUAGCAACCUGAACUCUUCUCGAGCCUUUCAACAUCAACCGAACUGGACGAUAACUUGCGCUCCAAAUCGUCCAUAAUCCUAACGCCAGCUCGUUCCAGCCACUGCCUGCGAAGCCAAAGCCCUUUGCUUGUCAGCAGCACACGCCACCAAAACCGUUAUAUUUCUCCAUCCCGUCCAAUCUCCACACUUUUGUCCCGGGACAUUCCUACCCACAAAAACGCACCGUUGAUGUAGACUUCGGCCCCGAAUGGCGACGGCGACCGCAGAGGCCGACUCCAAAGAGUCCUCUGCUCAUUCUCAUCCUCAACCUCAGCCGCAACCUCAACCGCAGGCCCAGACACAGGCUCAGAACCCCGAUCCAAAGCCAUCCUCCCCUUAUGGUUAUCUGUUCGGCCCAGACAAGGCUCCAACCCCGAUUCUCGAUGCUCUCCUUCGCGCUAUCGCCCAACACAUUAUUCGCGAUAUUGGCGAUAGACAUGUUCAAGCCUUGACCCCUCAAAAGCUGGCAGCCUUCUAUAAGGCCGUUGGUGGUAAUUAUGACUCCCUAUUUGUCGAUAUGCCAUUUCCCGCCAUAUCCUACAUUUGGCAGGUAACCGGCUGCCAGCACUCCAUGCAGCCCUCCGACAACGACUUCGACGCUCCUUCCGUCCCAGCCUUGACCCUUCGUGGCUUCGUUCGAUGGGAGUCGAUCGAGAUACUGCUGAGCCCCGAGGAACACGUACCUUUCAUCCAGCAGGCCGUCAAAAGCUGGAACCUGAAGCAUCCCGAGACGGGCGAACCUUUCCCCCCAGAUCUACCCGCAGAUGCUCUGCCCAGCGAGCCAGACGCCGGAAUCGAGAAAUGGCACAAGAAAUGCGCUGAAAAACUGAGGAAGGCAGCAGUGCCAGACGAGGAGCCGGCAUCACCAAAGACUGCCCCUGCUCGCCCAGCAGAAAGAGACGAGCCGAGAGUGAAGGCGGCAUACGUGCACGUCCGAAAUCCCUAUCCGCCCAAGGGAUCACCGAAGCCCUCACCUCCGCCUCGUGGUCCUCAGGCAGACUACUUCGUUCCGCCAGGCCGACCACCAGUUGCUUACAGCCAUGUUCCUGGGGGUCACGCCGCGAAUCGGUACCCCCCAUCUCGCCUCAACAUUCCCCAGAGGACCCCAGACCAAGAUCGAUUCCGAGGACAGAACUCUCCUGACGACCGUCGACGCCGUAGCUUUUCUGACUACCCGUCUCCUCCACAGGAUCCGCACGCCAACCCUGAGCACUUGCACCCCAAUCGACCGCCCAUGCAACCCCGCCGACACAGCCAACCUCGACACUAUUCUUCGUCCUCAACGUCUGAUUCCGAGGACGCGGCGAGUCCGCGAUCUAAACGUCGCCCUCAUACACAUCAUUCAAAUGAGCCGCCACCACCCGGUUUCCGUCGUAUGGGCGCUCCCUCGGUACCUCAGCCGCCACCUGUCACUCGUGUACAUCGUGCGGAGUUAAGACCAGAGGAUGCAAGGCGUCGUAGUAUACCAGUCGUAGAUGGCAUCAGGGAAAAAAUCAGCGAGAAAGUGGCCUCCAUUCUUCCCACUGGACGGUCACCAGAAAGACAUCGAAGCACCUCGGGUCGUCGAAGCGAUCCACCAUCCCGCCGAAGCCGAGAGCACUUGCCUUCUUCUAGGCUCAACCGCAGUUGGCCUGAUAUUGCAUCAGAGGAGUCGGAAGCUUCGGACUCGGAAGAAGAGCGCCGCCGCCGAUUCAAAGCCCGAGAACGUAGGGAAUUGGAAGAAAGAGAGCAACGGGAAAGGGAGAGAGCUAGAGAGAGAGAUCGCGGUCGAGAGCGGGACCGUAGACGCGAAAGAGAAAGAGAGAGGGACCGUGACAGAGACCAAGAGCGCGAGCGCGACCGUGACCGCGUCGUGAACUGGGAGAGACAAGAAGAAAUGGAGGCUCGCAAGCGAAGGGAACGGCCGGUCGUGCGGCCUGAAGCGACACGCCGAACGAGUAGUCAUGCGGAUGUGGACCGCAUGCGAGGAAGGCCUGAGCCUCCAUGGGAUCCUCGAGAUCCCCGCGAUCGGGAACUGAGAGACGAUAGAGAUAGAAAGCGGUGGAGAGAGCGCGGAGGAAGCCCGGUCAUCUCUGGCGUUGGGGGGCGACAAUACCCAGCUCCGCCGAUUCGGAACUAAUCCCAUCAUGUGGCGCACUGGGUUUAGCGGGUUAUUUUGAGCGAUUUGGAGGGUUUUGAAUUUCGGAUGGGUAAUUCAGCUGGGGCAUAACGGCAUUUCCACUUCCACGUAUGUACGUACACCUGGCUCCUCUAUCGAAAGAGUGCACACAGGGCAAUGAGACAUGAUAUCACUACAUCGGCUCGCGAUUUGUAACAUCUUUCUGGUUGAUCAAC